ACAUACGUAACGUGUGUGGUAAACAAUGCGGUUCGUUCGGAUGACGCUUCGGCACACGUUCGAUUCUAUGGCUUACGGUCGCGGUACGAUUUGGUGCGCGGCACUCAUUGGAAAGUGCUAACUCGGACUUUUACGCGAUGACACAUCGAGCGGAGGUGAACUUAGACAACUGGUGUCGGAUCGAGCUUUCCUUCAGUGAUUGAACAACGACGGGUUGAAAUGAGACUCUAGACGUUGGUUACUUUUACUGACGUCGGAGUCUCGAGUUGCAUCAGCAACAUGCUUCGUCUGUAACUCGGCACUGUCUGCCUUUGCUUCUCGAGCGGUUCUAUUUAUUUGAAGCUUUCUUUGAUGGUCAGCCAACAUUUGUCCAACAUAUGUUUGGUAAACGUGUGGCUGCUGAGUUGUUCCGGGUUUUGGGUUUACAAUGUGUCUUCCUUAUUUACAGAGUGCGGUUCUUCCGUAUCAGUUUUGCCUAUGGCCCUAGUGACAACAAUAAAUGUUUCGUUAUGCUUGUUUAUGACCUAUUUACUGCAUGUUUGGAUUGUCGCAUCGGCAUGCGGUAGUUUGUGCUAAUUUCUGUUUCUUUUAUGGUUCUUGCCCUUUUCUUGGUUUGUGAGGCAGGUACGGGAUGAUCUAAUAUGCUGUUAGCAGAUGUAGCAGAUAUACUACACCUCCCCCCUUUGGAAGAAUAAUGUAGCCUAGCGAAAUUAUUCUCCUAACUUGAUGGCUCUGUUUUUAUGUAUGACUUGUUUUUCAUGUUGUGUACUCUCGAUUUCGAUAUUUGGACCUAAUAUGUUUGGUACUGUGUAAGGACCUUUGAAGAGUGGGUCCAAUUUUCUUCUAUUCUCGUUGGUUAUGGCUACUUUGUCGUUCAAUUGUAUUUUGAGGGGAUUGAUUUUUGUUUGCUGUUGUAAGGUUUUAUCUUUCUCUUUCUCUAUGUAUUGUUUCGUUCUAUCAUGUGCUAUUAUUAAUCUAUAUUUGAGUUCUUGUGCGUAGUCCUCAUGAUUGUAUAUUGUCGCGUUGCUCUGUAUUAUUUCUUUUUGUAAUUUUUCAUUUCUUCCGAAAAUUAGCUCAAAUGGUGUAUAUCCAUGCUCUAAGUUUGGUGUUGUGUUAUAUGCGAAUGUGUAGUAAUUAAGCCAAUUAUCCCAAUCAUCUUUAUGUUCAUUAGUGAAAAUUCUGAGGUAUUCGUUUAAGUGUUUGUGGUUUCUCUCUAAUGCUCCUAUGGUUUGUGGGUGAUAUGCUGUUGCAAAUUUUUGUUCUAUUUUGAGUAAUUUGGAAAUAUUGCUAAAGAUCUCAUUUUUGUAUUCCGUUCCCAUAUCCGUUCUAAUUUCUGAUAUGUUGGUUCCGUAUAUUAACAUGAAUUGUUCUACUAGAGCUUUGGCAACUGUAGUUGCUUCUUUGUUUGGAAUUGCUAUUGCUGUUACAUGUUUUGUGAAAUUGCAUUGUAUUGUUACGGCGUAUCUGUUGUUGUUGUAUGUUUUUUGGAAUGGUCCUACUGUAUCGAUUGAUAUGAUUUGGAAUGGCUGUAUUGGUGUAUCUGUUUUUACAAAUGGUUCAAUGGUUUUCUUCUGGUGUUUAUUUAGUUUACAUAGGUCGCAAUUGUUUACAAAAUUUUUAAUUGAUUUCUUCUGAUUUGGCCAAACAAAUUCUUUUCUUAGUUUCUUGUACAUUUUGCAUUGUCCUAUAUGACCUCCUGUUGGCGUAUUAUGUGCCUUUUCGAGUAUUUCGUUGAUUUUAAGUUGGUCUUCGAUGUAUUUUGGGGCAUCGUAAAUUGUUAUUACUGUCUGUUUUAGUGUGUUCUUAGCAGUCUCCUUCAUGAUAGGUUCUCCUAUCCUUUUUAAUAGCUCGUCUUUUGAUGAGAUAGCAAUAUUUUGUACAUUAUUCUUAUUGCAUUUGUUUUCUAUUUCCUGGAGAAAUUGCACUAAUGCUGAUUUCUCUUUUCGUUGUUGCAAGUCCCUUUCUAGAAUAGGUUGCUUGCUUCCUGUUUCCGAUUUUAACUGGAUUUCUCUUACUGAUAAGAGUUCCUUCGUUCUUUUCUUGUUCUUUAGAACUCCUAAAAGUUCUAUAGUAUUUUCAUUUUCUUUGUACGUCAUUGUUAGUUUUGGUAGUCCUUUAACUUCUUCGUAUGAAAGUGCGUGUAACAUUUUAGGUUGAUCAGACGCUAAUAUGUUUGUAACAUUGUCUGAAGUGUUGGUGUUUGUCAUUGAUCUGGUUAUCACGUUGAUGGCCUUAAUCUCAUCCGAUGUGAUUAUGAUGCGUGACAAAGCAUCCGCUACUACAUUCUGUUUUCAUUUCACGUGUUCGAUUCUAAAAUCGAAUUCUUCGAGGUCAAGUCGGAUUCUCGUUAGUUUGGAUGAUGGAUUUUUCAUUCCGAACAGGUAAACUAACGGUCUGUGGUCCGUCUUUACUACAAAACUUUUUCCAUAUAGAUAUGGUUUGAAAUGCAAGAUUGCCCAAUGUAUGACUAUUAAUUCCUUUUCAAUAAUCGCUUUAUUUGACUCGCCCUUUGUGAACGUUCUGCUGGCGAAGGCGAUUGGAAGGUCUUUCCCGUCAUAGGAUUGAGACAGUAAUGCUCCACAUGCUGCUGAGGAAGCAUCCGUUGUUAGUAUAAAUUCUUUUUCAAAGUCGGGAUACUGCAAUAGUUUUGGAUUCAUCAGCGUCUUUUUGAGGUAAUCGAAUGCCUCUUGGCAUUGCGCUGUCCAAUUGAAUAUUGCCUUCUUUUUUAACAGAUUGUUAAGGGGUUUUGCUUUUUCUGAGAAGUUUGGUACAAACUUCCUAUAAUAAUUGCAGAAAGCAACGUAUCUUCUUAUGUCAUCCACGUUUGUAGGAAUCGGAUAGUUUUUGAUACAGUCGAAUUUUGAAUCGUCUGGCAAAAUGCCCUUGUCAGUUAUUUUGUGUCCUAGGUAAGUGACUUCCUUUUUGAAAAAGAAACUUUUUUCCGGAUUGAAUUUCAGAUUGUAUUUCCUAAGUCUUUCAAAGACUUUCUUUAAGUUCGUCAGGUGAUGGUUUUCUGAACAUUCUAUUACCACAAUGUCGUCUAUGUUGUGGAGAUACGGUUGUGUCGAAACCGUGCUUAGUACACAGCCUUGUGUACUAGGCUUCACAACCCGACGAGUGACAAAUGUCACUCGGUGCGGUGUGUGUGUAUGCGGAGUUUUCUCUCUCUUCUCUGCAGCACCGAGAAGCGUCAUGAGCUUGAACCAGGACGCCGAGACGCCAUCGCGAAACCGUCAGCACGAGGAGGUCAACGGCCAACCGAAUGGCGAUUGGCUUCAGGAGCUGUACAGAAAACAACAAGAAAUGCUCGUAAACCAACAACAGGCAUUUAUGGUGCAGCAGGAACAGCUGAUUAGUACGAUCCUCCGGACCGUGCGUACCGAGCCGAAACCGGUAAGUUCCGAGCAAAUCGUGGAUUUGCUGGCAGGAAGCAUAAAAGAGUUCAACUAUGACCCGGACGCAAGGGUCACGUUUGCCGGUUGGUACGCGCGGUACGAGCCGCUUUUCGAGAAGGAUGCGGAGAGGCUCGACGACGGUGCGAGAGUGCGGCUACUUUUACGGAAGCUCGGAAUGGCCGAGCACGAGCGGUAUUGCAGCUACGUUAUGCCGGCGAAGGCGAAUGAUUUCGAUUUUGCAACCACGCUGAGGAGUUUGAAGCUGCUGUUUGGCUCACAGGAGUCUAAAGUGAGUCAACGUUUCAAGUGCUUACAGUUAACGAAAAGUGCAACAGAAGAUCAUGUAAUGUUCGCGUGCCGUGUUAACAAAGCAACUGUUGAGGCUGAAUUAGGAGGUUUGUCAGAGGAAGCGUUGAAGUGCUUGAUUUUUGUGUGCGGUCUUAAAGAUGAGAGAGAUGCGGAUAUACGUAUGCGUCUGUUAAGCAAAAUAGAAGAGCGAAAUGAUGUUACUUUAGGCCAGUUAACGGAAGAUUGUCAAAAAUUGAUAAAUUUGCGUCGCGAUACGGCAAUGAUAGAGGGAGAAGUGCGUCAAAUUAGUAGGGUCAGUGAUGACAGUAAAUUUCCGUGGCACAAGAAGCAUCAUUCACAACCUCAAGGAAGUAGGCCUCAAGGUAGCAAACCGCCCGUAGAAUGUUGGUUAUGUGGAGGAAAUCAUUUUGCGUGUCAUUGUUCGUUCAAGAGACACACGUGUGUUCGUUGCCGAAAGACGGGACAUAAGGAGGGAUUUUGCGAUACAGCAUCACGUGUUUAUCGAGGUAGGUCACUAAAGCGUGUGCGUACGGUUUUAGUGAAUGCGAUCAAUUCCGUGAACCGUGGUUUUGUUAGUGUCAGUUUAGCAGGACAUGCUGUGAGAAUGAUGGUAGACACAGGUGCCGAAAUAACCAUAAUCUCUGAAAGAAACUGGCAGCGCAUCGGUAGACCAAUGCUUCGACAAGCAUCGAUUAAAGCGAAAUCGGCGACCGGCAAUUGUUUAGAAUUAUUGGGCGAGUUCCAAUGUAUGCUCACGAUUGGGCAGCGAUCAGAAGAAGGUACAGUGCGCGUUACGAAAGAAGACCUCAUGUUAUUAGGGAAAGACGUAAUGGAAUUGUUUGGUUUGUGGGAUGUACCACUAACAUGCGUGUGCAAUAAGGUGACCGACGUCACAACAAAUUCCCAGGAGGUAACGAAACUCGAAGAGUAUAAGGAUUUGUUUUCCCACGGGUUGGGACACUGUACCAAAAUGAAGGUUAGACUAGAACUUAAAGAUGAUGCGAUUCCGGUAUUUAGACCAAAACGUCCAGUGAGCUAUGCGAUGCUCCCAGCAGUGGAUGAGGAACUAAAUAGGCUCGAAAAAGAAGAAAUUAUAUCUCGCGUGAAUUAUUCAGCAUGGGCAGCGCCUAUCGUAGUAGUGCGCAAGGCAAACGGUUCGUUAAGGAUUUGUGGGGAUUACUCCACUGGGCUGAAUAAUGCGUUACGACCGUACGAGUACCCUUUACCGCUCCCUCAAGAUAUAUUCGCUAACCUAGCUAACUCGACUAUAUUCAGUCAGAUAGAUCUGACCUAUGCGUUUCUGCAAAUUGAAGUAGAUGAGGAAUGUCGAGAACUGCUAACCGUAAAUACGCACAGAGGCUUGUAUUCUUACAAUCGGCUUCCACCUGGAGUUAAGGUUGCGCCAGGCGCCUUUCAGCAAGUAAUGGAAACAAUGUUAGUAGGACUUAAAGAUGUGGCUGUCUACUUAGACGACAUUGUCAUAGGUGGAGCAGAUACGGUUGCGCAUAACAAGAAUAUUAGAGCUGUACUUGAUAAGCUAAAGGAAUACGGGUUUAGGAUACGCCCUGAGAAGUGCAAUUUUAUGCAACAGCAGAUUAGGUACCUAGGGCACAUUUUGGAUCGUAAUGGGUUUAGACCUGAUCCGGCCAAAAUAGAGGCGAUCACGAAAAUGCCAUCACCAAAACAGCCUUCAGAAUUGCGAUAAUUUCUUGGUGCCGUUAAUUAUUAUGGGAAGUUUGUCCCACAGAUGCGCAACCUACGAUACCCUUUAGAUGAGCUUUUGAAACGAGAUAAGGGUUGGCAUUGGAGCACAGAAUGUCAGGAAGCAUUUGAGAUGUUUAAGCGAAUGUUAAGCUCCGAUCUUUUGCUUACAUACUAUGAUCCGCAAAAAGAUAUAAUAGUGGCCGCGGAUGCGUCUUCAGUAGGAGUAGGGGCUACGAUAAGCCACAAAAUGCCGGAUGGAACUGUGAAAGUAGUGCAGCAUGCAGCGCGAGCGCUGACAAAAGCAGAAGAAGGUUACAGCCAACCAGAUCGAGAGGGCCUAGCUAUUAUAUUUGCUGUCACGAAGUUCCAUCGUAUGAUUUUCGGGCGGAAAUUUACACUACAGACCGAUCACGCUCCGUUAUUACGGAUUUUUGGUUCACGCAAUGGUAUUCCAGUGUAUACGGCGAAUAGGCUACAGCGUUGGGCCUUAACAUUGUUGAUGUACGAUUUUAAGAUCGAAUAUGUGCCGACAGAUAAAUUCGGAAACGCAGACGUUCUAUCACGUUUAAUAGAUAGACAUGAAAGGCCAGAACCGGAAUUUGUUGUAGCAAGUAUUAAUGCGGAUAAAGAAGUGCAAUGUCUAGUUAGAUGUAUCACGGAAGUAAUGCCACUUACGUUUGAAGAUAUUGUGCGUGGAACCAGUAACGACGUUAAAUUGGAACAAGUAGCGAACUACGUUCAAAACGGAUGGCCGACUAGGAAACUGGUGGAUACUGAACUCAGAAGUUUUCAAGUUAGGAGCGAAUCUCUAUCCACCUUUAACGGAUGCAUACUAUUUGGCGAUCGAUUAGUGUUUCCAAGAGAUCAAAGAUUAAAGUGUUUAGCUCAGCUUCAUAAAGGCCACCCGGGCAUUGAGAGAAUGAAGGCCCUUGCGAGAAGUUACGUUUAUUGGCCCGGGUUGGAUCGCGACAUAGAAGAAAAAGUAAAGCGUUGUAGUAACUGUGCAAGUGCGGCUAAGUCAAUGGCUCAUAGCAUACCAAUCCCAUGGCCAGCAGCUAAAGGUCCCUGGCAGCGCGUGCAUGUCGAUUUUGCCGGACCAAUAGGAGGAAUGCAUUAUCUGUUAGUUGUUGAUUCUUAUUCUAAGUGGCCGGAGAUUGUAGCGACUCCAACAAUCACGUCUAGUGCGACUAUUCAAAUUUUACGAGGGAUAUUUGUUCGAUUUGGAAUGCCGAAUACCUUAGUGAUUGAUAAUGGGGCACAGUUCACGCGUGCAGAAUUUAGUACAUUCUGCACAGUUAAUGGUAUAGAACAUCUGCGCACUGCACCCUUCCAUCCCCAAUCAAACGGACAGGCCGAAAGAUUUGUAGAUACCUUUAAAAGGGCUUUAAAGAAAUUGGAAGAGGAAGAAAAUACGAUACAAGAAGCUUUAGAUGUUUUUCUAAUAACGUACCGAAGUACACCACACAAACUUCUAGAGAACGAUCAAUCGCCAGCUGAGGUUAUGUUAGGCCGUCGUAUGCGGACUUGUAUGGAAUUAUUACGGCAUCCAGCUGAGCCAGUUAUAAAUGAAACGAAUUGCGCAA